AAAGUCUCUGCAGCAUUACCCAUGACUCCCCUCGGACGAAUGACCUGUCUCUGGCCUUGACGUUUAGCGCGCUGCUGCUGCUAGUCUCUGGGAGCGUGUGUCCGCAGGCAGCGAGAAGCAGCCCGUGCUCCAGACCGACCUCCGUCCUCCUGACACCGGGAACAGACCACCGCGGAGCCACCAUGCUGUCAUGCAGGAGCGUGUUGAAGAAGCUCCCACCGCUAGCUAGAGCCUCUUCGACUCUGUGCCGGCUCAAUGGGAGAAGAGCAGUGUUAAACCAUGGCAGACCAGUACGUGUACCAGCAGCUAACAUGUCCACAGGCCCUUCGGGGUUAGGAAGGGACACACAGCUGUACAUCGCCCUGGUUGGAGCAGCCACCUUUGCUGGGGGAGUAUAUGCGUACAGAACUGUGAAAAGUGACCAACGUAGAUAUCAGGAACGUAUCGAUGACAUUUCCUCCAGACCGCUGAAACUAUCCUCACAACAAACAGACGAGCCAAUCAACUUCUCAGAGCCGACUGCUACCGAAGCCACUGAAACAGCUGUGGAAGCUACCGAAACAGAGCCCAUUGCAGAGCCUGAGGCAGCUCCUUCACCAGAGGAGCCGAUCCCUCCGGCCCCUGAAGCUGAAGCAGCAGCAGCUCCCACUGAAACAACUGAACCUGUCCCAGCAGAUGAGCCUGUGUUAGAAGCAGAACCUCCAGAAGAAGCAGCAGAGCCUCCUGCUGCACCUAUAGUGGAGGAGGAACCAGCACCCCCACCUGAGCCAUCCCCAGUUGAGCUAACAGAGCCACCUCCUGCACCUCUAGUCGAGGAGGUGCCAGAACCAGCACCCGAGCCAGCACCCGAGCCGUCCCCCGAGCCGUCCCCAGUUGAGCUAACAGAGCCAUCUCCUGCACCUGUAGUUGAGGAGGAACCAGCACCCCCAACCGAGCCGUCCCCAGUUGAGCUAACAGAUCCAUCUUCUGCACCUGUAGUUGAGGAGGAACCAGCACCCCCAACUGAGCCUUCCCCAGUUGAGCUAACAGAGUCACCUUCUGCAACCGUUUCAGAGAGUGAACCCACAGCAGCAGCAGAAACAGCCGAGCCGCUUGCAGCAGAGCCAGCCGAGGCUCAACCUGAAGUUGUGGCAGAGAGUGUUCAAACUCCAGCAGUGGAGGCCACACCUGCCCUUCCCGAGGUGCCCUCACACGCCCCCUACCUCCUUAUUGGUGGGGGUACUGCCUCUUUCGCUGCCGCCCGGUCUAUUCGAGCCAGAGACCCCGGUGCCAAGGUCUUAAUUGUGACUGAGGAGUCAGAAUUUCCGUACAUGAGACCCCCUCUUUCUAAAGAACUGUGGUUCUCUGAUGACUCCAGUGUGACAGAAACUCUGCGUUUCAAACAGUGGAAUGGAAAAGAAAGAAGUAUCUACUUCCAGCCUCCAUCAUUCUACAUUCAAGCAGAAGAAUUGGCCAGUGCAGAAAAUGGUGGCGUGGCCGUGCUCUCUGGUAGAAAGGUGGUUCACAUGGAUGUGAGAGGAAACAAAGUGAAACUGGACGACGACACUGAGAUCUCCUACGACAAAUGUUUGAUUGCUACAGGGGGGGUGCCAAGAAAUCUACAGGCCAUUGAAAGAGCAGGAGAGGAGGUGAUGAAGAGGACGACUCUGUUCCGCAAGAUUGAUGACUUCAAAUCCUUGGACAAGGUCUCCAGAGAAGCAAAGUCCAUCGCAAUCAUCGGAGGCGGGUUCUUGGGCAGCGAGCUGGCUUGUGCCCUCGGCAGGAAAUCGUCUGAGUUUGGUCUGGAGGUGAUGCAGAUGUUCCCUGAGAAGGGCAACAUGGGAAAAGUUCUGCCUGAGUAUCUGAGCAAUUGGACAACUGAAAAAGUCAAGAGAGAGGGUGUUCAAGUCAUUGCAGAAGCUUUGGUGAAGUCUGUGACUUUCAAAGAUGAUCGAUUAGAAAUCAAGUUGAGGGAUGGCCGAUUGGUGCAAACUGAUCACAUAGUUGCAGCCGUUGGCCUGGAGCCCAAUGUUGACCUGGCUAAGUCAGCAGGUCUGGAGGUGGACUCUGACUUUGGAGGCUUUCGGGUCAAUGCAGAGCUGCAAGCAAGGUCCAAUAUUUGGGUGGCAGGAGAUGCUGCAUGUUUCUACGACAUCAGACUGGGCCGCAGACGAGUGGAACACCACGAUCACGCUGUUGUGAGCGGUCGACUGGCGGGAGAGAACAUGACCGGAGCCAACAAACCCUAUUGGCAUCAGUCUAUGUUCUGGAGUGACCUGGGGCCUGAUGUUGGCUAUGAAGCCAUUGGGAUCGUUGACAGCAGCUUGCCAACAGUAGGAGUGUUUGCCAAAGCCACAGCCAAGGACACACCUAGAGCUGCUACAGAGGAUUCAGGAACUGGGAUCCGCUCUGAAAGUGAAACAGAGGAAACAGCCGUCAGCCCAGUGGCCUCUUCCACCCCUGCCCCUGCUCUGGAGCAGCAGAGAGACAACUAUGGCAAAGGAGUUAUUUUCUACCUGCGAGACAAGGUGGUGGUGGGCAUCAUCCUGUGGAAUGUGUUCAACAGAAUGCCCGUUGCUAGAAAGAUAAUUAAGGAUGGAGAGGAACAUGCUGAUCUAAACGAAGUGGCAAAGCUGUUCAACAUCCACGAGGAUUAAGCUGUUCAGGUCUGAUGCUCGUUAUGGGAGGACAGAUCCGCCUCAUGUGAAGCCUGAACUUUGGCAGCCAUUGCCACAUGGUUUAUGAAACCACUGACCACGCAAUGAAAACGAUACGUUCAACAUCAUGUCUCUGAAAUAUUUUCACAUUUGGAAUUUGUAUGUGCUGCAUCUGUUUUGCUGUUCUUUCACUUGUUUGGUUCUAUUCAGGGAGAAAUCACAGUCUCAUGUUCCCGCUACCACCAAAUGUGUGUGAUUGUAUAGCCGCUUUCCCCAGCAGGCAGAAAAAGUUAAAUAAUGGAUAAUUGUGUGAUCAGAGCAGCUCGUUGUGGGAGAAGCUGCAAUAAAAGCUAUUUUUAAACUGGA